CCCAAUUAACAAGUCCACAGACAUUUCUCUUCUUUCUCUGCUUUCUCUUCUUCCUCUCUCUCUCUCUCUCUCUCUCUCUCUCUCUUUCUUUGUCUUCCUUGGUCUUGGCAAUGGACUUUCCUGUGAACCCUAACCCUAAUUACACUGCUCAGUUCGAUCCGUUGAUGAUGAUGGACUUCGGGCUUGAGGUUGAGGAUUAUCUCAAGGAUGACGAUGAUGAUGAUGGCCUUGGCCGUGGUGGCGAUUGGCGCGUAGAGCAAGACUGUUCGUCGGCGGAGAUUUUUGCCGGCGGGUCUAGUACUACUGGAUCCAGUGCUGCUACUGCCACAUCAAGAAGUAGUGACAUAAAAUGCAAGAAUGGAGUGAAAAAAAACAAGGUGUAUGGGGGUCAAAGGGUCGCAUUUAGAACGAAAUCGGAGCUGGAGGUUAUGGAUGAUGGCUACAAAUGGAGGAAGUAUGGAAAGAAGUCUGUUAAAAACAGCCCAAAUCCCAGGAAUUACUACAAAUGUUCAAGUGGAGGAUGCAAUGUAAAGAAAAGGGUAGAAAGGGACGGAAAAGACUCAAGCUAUGUGAUAACAACAUAUGACGGAGUACACAACCAUGAAAGCCCCGCUGCAGUGUAUUACACCCAGAUGCCUGUUAUGGCUCCUAAUGGCUGGAGUUUACAACCUUCUUCUCGCUCCUCUUCUUCUUCAUAGAAAUUAAUCAAUCCAGGCCCCAUUGAUUUUUCUUCUAUAUAUGCUCUAUUAAAUGCUAAACAACCAAAAUUAUAGCAAUUUACAAAAAGGGGUAUGUUGUACAGAGCUUGUUACUUCACGGCCAGACGAAGGAUAUGAGGGUGGAGCUUCUUUUCCUCUUCCCUAUUCUUCCCCCCCUCCUUUUUUUUUUUUUUUUUGUUUUUUUUUUGGGGUUGGUAGAGAGCUCUCAUAGGAGAGACUUCACUGAUAACUUUUCUUUUUCUUUUUUUUUUUUUCUUUUUGUUUCCCUUAUUUUAAAAGAAAGAAGAAAUGUUGCCGAAGAGUUAUAGGAAUAUUUGCUAUUUUAUUUAUCUCAAUUUUCUAGCCCAUAAAGUAUUACAAAGUCAAUCUUUCUUUUUGCACGAUCAGAAUUGUCAUUUUACACAACCUGGGAUUUGUUAAGUUCUUGUCCGCUGAACAACUUAGUGAUGUUUGACUAUUAAUUACAAAAU